AUGGCUCCCCUCAACACCUAUCUCACCGCUGCCCUACUCGCCGCUCCGGCUGUCAUGGGUGGUGUCAUCCCCCAACAAACCCCUCCCCCAGCUUCAAUCGUUGGUGGUGACGAUACCUCGCCUUUUGCAUACAACUGGAUUGCUUUCGCUCAGUACAAUGGCGGACAAUUCUGUGGUGGAUCCAUGAUUGCUCCCAACAUCUACUUGACUGCUGCUCACUGCAGCCCGGCCCUCAUUGGCAUCCCUGUCGCGUCAACCACCGUCCACACCCACCGCUGGGACAAAUCCAAGACUCCCAGCGCGGAGAAGGGUAUCGUCUUCAGUGUAUCAAAGGUCAUCAACCACCCGCAGUACUCGGCCAGCCUUGACAAGAACGACAUUGCUAUCUGGGUUCUUAAGCAAAAGAGCAACUUUGGUUCUACCCUUGAAACCGUCAAGUACGGUAACGGGGCCCCUACUGCUGGCACCAAAGUCAAAAUUGCAGGAUGGGGUUUGACAGAAGACGGAAACGACAACUCCGACGCUAACAUCCUUCAGGAGGCCACCGUCCCUGUAGUAUCUCAGGCAGACUGUGCAAAAGCCUACAGUGCCAGUAAGAUUACUGCUACCAACAUCUGUGCUGCCUUCCCUCAGGGUGGUGUUGACACUUGCCAGGGUGACUCUGGAGGCCCUCUCUUUGUUCAAACCGCCAGCGGUUACAGCGUUGAGGGUGUCACCUCCUGGGGUGAGGGCUGUGCUGUCAAGGGCAAGCCUGGUGUCUACACCAAGGUCGAGGCCUACAAGUCUUGGAUCCAGGGUAUUAUCAGCCAGAACCAGGCUUAA